UCCUGGUGAAUGAUUGUGUGAGCCUAGAUUCUUGAAUUCCACGAGCGAAAAUAUAGAGCAUAAAUGCCGAGGUCAAAUGUCAUUUGAUGAGGAGUGACUUAGCAUACAGCAGGUCAAUUCACUGCUUCAGGCCUGCCUCUUCUGUAUCGGCACGAUGGUGAAUGCUUAUUCCCAUCAAGCCCACCCCGUCGACUUUUCGUUUCACACAGUCGAUCGAUACCCUUCUAGCUCCUUCUGAAGCAAUCCAUACUUCCUAGAUCAUGUGAAUUUUCAAGUCGCAUUCUAUUAUCUGUCUAAAUGAUUGAUCAGGAAGUGAAGCUGUGCGACUGCUCCAAGCCCGCCACGACCACAUGAUGUCGCCAUCUCCCGCGCCUACCAAACAUCCCUUGCAGUAGGAUUGACAUCAAUCCCACCAUUUUCAUCAACUUGAACACUUAACUCCUUUCCUCCUCCAAACCAUGACCGACAUUGCCCAAGAUGAACCACCGGACUAUCCAGUUCUUGCAGAAGCCACCCUGAACAAAUUCGAAGGAAGAAACCUUCAAGUCGGGACAGGCAGGUACUUACUGAACCGACUCGUUUCCGAGAAAGUAUACCGCCCUUACAUCGAGCGCCGGGCUGUCUUCCAUGCCACAAAGCUCGAUGACCAGCAGCAAGUCGUGGUCAAAUUCUUCAUCCACCAGCACCCAGUCCUCAGGCGUGGCUGCGAGGCCAGCAGGCUCUUCAGCGGCAUCGCUCAACCCGGGUUCACAUGGGAAGUGCAAGCAUUAGAGGCAGCACGGGGAGUGAACGGGUUCCCUCAGCUCCUUAACUGGGAAUGCACCGUCCAGAGCCCGGAGUUCGAGAACCCGGGCGGGCGGAUGAACCUCAUUGCUAUGACCCGGCUGCCGGGCUUUCCCCUGUCAUUUUACAUCGACGACCUCCGGGGGCAAUCGCAGACUGAUGCGACCAGGGCACGAGUUGUGGAACUAGUUGAGUGAGAACGGGCCUUUCGCCUGCACUUCUGCUAUUUU